AGUUAAAUUGUCCGUUGGUAGGAGGUUGUGGUCGAUACCUGAACAUGGAUGGAUAUGUUUCAUCUUAGGAAUUGUUUUUCCUGAGCGAAGUAAAAAGUCGCGUUAGAUUAAACUGAGUGUCGUUUUAUGUUGUACUAGCCAAUAUCGUUUCGGCUUUGUUACCAUUGUAUUUGCGACAGUGUGUUAAUGUCGUUUGGAUUAGCUGGGGAGCUAACAACCAGCUAGUAGCUAAGGUUGUUUUGAUUAUUUAUAUUUACGCAAACAUAAUAUUGUCAUUGUUUGUUGCACGCUCUGUAGUAUUGUUAAAACAAUUUUUCGAUAAAUGUCAGAUUUGGUCGAAUCGCUAAAUAAUCACCCCGCAGAAGAAAACGCGUAGAUAAAUAUAGUUAAUAUAAAUUACUGGUUGUGCUCCAGCUAGUUGGCUGUGAGGCUAACGUCAAACGGCUUUGUCUAGCGACCAUUGUUGGGGACCGUUUGGUUUGCCCUUUUCCCCAAACAGUGGUCUGGCGAGCUUAUAUAGCUCUCUGUGAAUCGGAUCCAAUGCGUGGGAUGAUGGGAACUCAGAGCAGUCCUGUCAAGAGUUAUGACUAUCUGCUGAAGUUUCUUUUGGUGGGAGACAGCGACGUUGGGAAGGGAGAGAUCUUAGAAAGUUUGCAAGAUGGAUCAGUGGAAUCUCCCUAUGCCUACAGUAGUGGCAUUGAUUACAAAACCACUACAAUUCUGCUGGAUGGGAGAAGAGUGAAAUUAGAAUUAUGGGAUACAUCAGGGCAAGGCAGAUUCUGCACCAUCUUCAGAUCUUACUCCCGGGGGGCACAGGUUGGGAUCCAUCAAACUAUUAAUGUGUGUAAUUUUCAAUUUCAUGUAAACUUUUUUUUUACAUUCUUGAAUUCAAUUGUACAGGGCAUCCUGCUUGUAUAUGACAUAACCAAUGGCUGGUCAUUUGAUGGCAUUGACCGCUGGAUCCGGGAAAUUGACGAGCAUGCCCCAGGUGUGCCAAGGAUUCUAGUAGGCAACCGCCUGCACCUGGCUUUCAAGCGGCAGGUUCCAACAGAGCAAGCAAGAGCUUAUGCAGAGAAGAACAGCAUGACUUUCUUUGAGGUCAGUCCGCUGUGCAACUUCAAUGUCAUUGAGUCCUUCACAGAACUUUCACGCAUUGUUCUGAUGAGACAUGGCAUGGAGAAAUUCUGGAGACCCAAUAGAGUCUUUAGCCUCCAAGAUCUGUGCUGCCGUUCAAUUGUUUCAUGCACACCGGUGCACCUCAUCGAUAAGUUGCCCCUUCCUGUGGCCAUCAAGUCCCACCUCAAGUCCUUUUCCAUGGCCAAUGGCAUGAAUGCAGUCAUGAUGCAUGGACGUUCUUACUCUGUGGCCAACAGUGCAGCCUCUGGUGGUAGUGGUAGUGGAAGCAAAGGCAACAGUCUGAAGCGUUCAAAGUCCUUCAGGCCUCCGCAGAGUCCUCCAAAGAACUCAACGUCGUCCAAGGGGAACUGUAAGAUAUCAUAGUGAGGAAGUGGAGGAUGUUGCCUCCAUAGGGCCAAUAUUAAAGGAACUGCUGCUCCUAAGAGGCCACAAGACCAGAGAGGAGUAUGGCGAGCUACCAGCAGAGAUGGAUUUUACUGUGAACUUUGCAAAAUGACAUGGAUGGUUGGAUUGUCUCUGUUGUCCUUGGGCUUGCUGGUGCCAUCUUGUGGAUGUCUGUUUACUUGUACUCUUAACUACAGAGGCUCACUGUGAUCAAAUAUGACAGAAAGUCUCUGGGACCAACAGAUGUGAAUCAAGGAUUAUCGCUCACCUGAUGACACUACGAAUGCGCGGAGGGACACUAGCUAGCUUUUGCUUGGAAAGUGGCAUUUAAAACUGAACUUGAAGUUGUACAUACAAGUAUUGUGCGUGUUACUUGUGAUGUGUAUUUGGUGAUUGUUCUGGAGAUGAGCCCUUUGUGCUUGUUUUGUCUUGAGUGUUGUGGGAAACCUGCAUUGAUUCAUAACUUAUCUGUGGGACUUAUAGCCUUUGUCAGGAGUUAAAAACCUUUUUUUACGACCUGAACAUUAUUCAAAACUCAGAUUAGUUUUGAGAAAGACAUACAUGCACGACUGGUUGCAUGACAGGCUAGUGCUGGACUAAAGCUUGGUAAAGAUGUCCAUAGAAAAAAUGUUUAGGUCAGAAAUGGUUAAUGCCAGAUUGUGAGACGAUCCGGCAAAGGCAAGUAAAGUUGUUUUAUUGAAAAGAUGUGCUGAUUUAUAGUCCUGUCCACUCCUCCUUAAUCUCCAUCAGUCACUGGUUUGGACAGCGCAGACCUUGUAUGCCUCUAAAUUGCAUAUCCUUGAUUUAAUCAUUGCUGAAACUGAUUGUUUAUGUAAACAGCAUGAUCACUUUUCAUAUGUUAAUUCUGUGGGCUAUUCAAAGAUUGGUUGGUGCUGAUGAGGAAACAAAUGCAGAUGUACAUACUGAAUACCCUGUCAGUGUUUUGGCCUUCAGAGGCAUGGUUUGUUAAAGGAGUCUUUUUAGCUUUGUGUAAUGGACAGGUUGAACUCUCAGAAAAGUGAUGAAAGUUUUUUAAUUUUGUGUAUAUUAAUUUUCAAUGUGUUUAUGUAUAUGCUCUGUAUUUAUGAAUGUACAACAAUAUUCAUCUGGUAUUCAUUUUCUGUGGCUGUGUGGUUAUACAUGGGAUUAACAUAAUCAGAGGUGAAAAGCCAUCUGCUACUGUAUAUUUUACUGAAUGUUGCUGCUUUUUUUAUGUUUUUGCAUUUAUACUUUAUUGCUGCUUAUUUGGUUAAUGUGAUUUUCUAAGAUUUCUUAGAAAUGCAUUUACAAAAGGAGAACAUUUGAUGAAAGACAAAUUAUGUUCAAUUUGUCAGGUUUUUUUUUUUUCAACAUUGAAAAUAUCACCAGAAACAAUGUCGUGCCUCAUAAAGUUUGUUUUGGAAAUGCACAAUUUCAACUUUUGGUUAAAAUCACUAACCAAUGAUUGUUAAAAAGAAAUGUACCUACCUUUUUCAGAAAACCAAUAUUGAAUUUUCAGUCAUCUUUCCACUCCUGUUGAACAUCUGCUGCAUUUCCACUCAAACAUUCCCAGGUUCAUGGCUGUCAGUAAUAAGACCAGAUGGAUAAGUGGGUGCAUGUGGUUGUGUAUUGAGACCAGUACAACGGUUUUACACAACUCGAGUGGACGUUUGAAUGUAGCUUCAGAGCUGUUGUCAUAAAAUGGACUGGACACCAGAUGGAUUACAAUUUUGUAUCUGACACGGAUAUUGAAGCCACCCCUGAAAAUAAAAGUAAAUUCCAACAGUU